CAGUACAGUCAAAGCACAGAAGAAGUAUGGCGUCUGUAGGAGAGUGAUAUUUGCUAUAUGAUUUUAGUCUUUAUUUAAACGAUUUUGUUGGCAAGUAGCAGUCCUGGUUUAGCAAAUUCAUUCUGUUUUCAGACUUACCGAGCGGCUACGAUGAGGAUUUAUCAUUCUUUACUCAAUGCUGCCAAGUCUAGGAAAGUGUUUGACUUUGGUGAGCGAGAGGUGGCGCAUUGGUUCCCUGGACAUAUGGCUAAAGGACUCAAGCAGAUGAGAGCCAGUCUAAGGAAGGUUGAUUGCAUCCUAGAGAUCCAUGAUGCCAGAAUACCCUUUUCUGGAAGAAAUCCUUCAUUUCAAGAGAGCCUUGAUGUCCGGCCACACAUACUCGUACUGAACAAGAUGGAUCUGGCAGACACGUCAAAAAAACAGAGCAUUCUAAAGCAGCUUGACAGAGAAGGUGUGAGGAAUGUUUUAUUCACAGACUGUUUAAGACAACGAGAUGAGAAUGUAAAAAAGAUUGUUCCUCUUGUGACAGAGCUGAUAGAAAGCGGGUCUCGUUUUCACAGAGAAGAGGACCGAAGUUACUGUCUUAUGGUCAUUGGCGUGCCGAAUGUGGGGAAAUCGUCACUGAUUAAUGCUUUAAGAAGAACAUAUUUGAAAAAAGGCAAAGCUUCAAAAGUAGGAGGUGAACCAGGAAUUACAAAAGCUGUCCUGACCAAAAUUCAGGUCUGUGAGAGACCCAUAAUUCAUUUAUUGGACACCCCAGGAGUCCUGCCACCUAGAAUAGAGAACAUAGAGACAGGAAUGAAACUCGCUUUAUGUGGUACCAUUUUGGACCAUUUAGUUGGUGAAGAUGUCAUUGCAGAUUAUCUGCUUUUUUCACUAAACAGAUUGGAAAGAUUUAGUUAUGUUGAAAAGUACAAUCUUGAAGAGCCUUGCGAUGAUAUUCAGCACGUGCUGAAGUGUAUAGCAGUAAAGCUCGGCAAGACCAAGCGUGUGAAGGCCAUCACUGGAGUUGGCAACAUCACAGUCCAGUUACCAGACUACAGUGCAGCAGCCUACGAUUUCAUCAGAGCAUUUCGGAAAGGAGAACUUGGGAAAGUUAUGCUUGAUUAACAGGGUUCUAAGUAGCUGAUUUGCAACUAUUGCAAUGAAAGCCUGACCUUACUGUAUGUAUGUUCAAGACUGGACACUGAGCACAAAAGAGAAGCACUUUUUACUUUUAAUGUUUUAAUUAAAAGGUGGUGCACAGGGAAUUUUGGCCACGGCUUUGUUUUUAUUAUGUAGUUAUCAGAAAAGGUGCAUUAAAUAUAUUAUUUUUCCUCAUUACUGCAAUUGAAAGUUUAAUUUGAUAAGCAUUUAGUAUCCUGUAUGUAAAAAUUAUACAUACAAAGAUUACAACCAAAGAAACACUUCAUAAAAUAUCUGGCAUGUAAUUGCUUUGAUUUCUAAAAUUAUAAUUUGGGAAAUAUAUCUAACAGCUAACAAAGAGAGUUUGAUAGUGUUUUAUACAAAAAAAACAUCUUUAAUUUCUUUGAGUUUUUAAACACUUGUGCACUUAAUACAUACUGCAUUCACAUUGUUUCAAGGGUUAUCAAAAAUCUCUACUAUAAAUACAAAAUUGUUUAAAUACAUCAAAUGUUCAAAGCAUGACUAAAGUAGAAAUGUAAAACGAGGAC